AUGGAGUUGAAUGGUAACAAUAAUAAUAAUAAUAAUAAUAAUAAUAAUAAUAAUAAUAAUAAUAAUAAUAAUAAUAAUAAUAAUAAUAAUAAUAAUAAUAAUAAUAAUAAUAAUAAUAAUAAUAAUAAUAAUAAUAAUAAUAAUAAUAAUAAUAAUAAUAAUAAUAAUAAUAAUAAUAGAUGCCUCAUAUUUAUAUUCUUGUGA